GCGCCCAGUCCUUCCCCUGGCUGGGCUGCCUGCGCUGCCCGUCCCCCUCCUGGCCCCCUUCGUUCUGUUCUCUCAGGUUGUUCCUCAAAGUCAUUCAAGCUGUACUCGCCGAAGGAGCCCCCGAACGGCAACGCCUUCCCCCCCUUCCAUCCUGGCACCAUGCUGGAUCGGGAUGUGGGUCCAACUCCCAUGUACCCGCCUACAUACCUGGAACCUGGGAUCGGGAGGCACACCCCAUAUGGCAACCAAACUGACUACAGAAUAUUUGAGCUUAACAAACGGCUUCAGAACUGGACAGAGGAGUGUGACAAUCUCUGGUGGGAUGCUUUCACGACUGAGUUCUUUGAGGAUGAUGCCAUGCUAACCAUCACUUUCUGCUUGGAGGAUGGACCAAAGAGAUACACCAUUGGCCGGACCUUGAUUCCACGCUACUUCCGCAGCAUCUUUGAAGGGGGUGCCACGGAGCUGUACUAUGUGCUUAAGCACCCCAAGGAGGCAUUCCACAGCAACUUUGUGUCCCUCGACUGUGACCAGGGCAGCAUGGUGACCCAACAUGGCAAGCCUAUGUUCACCCAGGUGUGUGUCGAAGGCCGGUUGUACCUGGAGUUCAUGUUUGAUGACAUGAUGCGGAUAAAGACGUGGCACUUCAGCAUCCGGCAGCACCGAGAGCUCAUCCCCCGCAGCAUCCUUGCCAUGCAUGCCCAGGACCCCCAGAUGCUGGAUCAGCUCUCCAAAAACAUCACCCGAUGUGGGCUGUCCAAUUCCACUCUCAACUACCUCCGACUCUGUGUGAUACUUGAGCCCAUGCAGGAGCUCAUGUCCCGCCAUAAGACCUACAGCCUCAGCCCCCGUGACUGCCUCAAGACCUGCCUUUUCCAGAAAUGGCAGCGCAUGGUAGCACCCCCAGCGGAGCCCGCCCGGCAGCAGCCCAGCAAACGACGGAAACGGAAGAUGUCAGGGGGCAGCACCAUGAGCUCGGGGGGCGGCAACACCAACAACAGUAACAGCAAGAAGAAGAGCCCAGCCAGCACCUUCGCCCUCUCCAGCCAGGUACCUGAUGUGAUGGUGGUGGGGGAGCCCACCCUGAUGGGCGGGGAGUUCGGGGACGAGGACGAGAGGCUCAUCACCCGGCUGGAGAACACCCAGUUUGAUGCGGCCAACGGCAUCGACGACGAGGACAGCUUUAACAACUCCCCCGCCCUGGGCGCCAACAGCCCCUGGAACAGCAAGCCUCCAUCCAGCCAGGAAAGCAAAUCGGAGAACCCCACGUCACAGGCCUCCCAGUAAAGGCCCCCCAAGGCCACCCAGCACUCUGCCUGCCUGCCCCAACCCUCGCAGCCCCAGGGAGCAGAGGACAGAAUGAAGAGACUGAGCAUUGCAAAUGGGCAACCUCCAUCCACCCGCUUCAUGGAGGGACUGGACUCAUGAGGGUGCAGGCGCCAAGACUUGGGCCCCCCCCCGCCCCCCAGUGGCCCGGGGGGAGGCCUGACCUCUGCAGAGCAUUUUGAGGGAAGGGGAAACUUCUGAUGUCCACGUGGGUACUGACUGGGCCUGUAAGGAAAGCUGUGGCCUGACCACCUGACCACUCCCCCCUUCCCCCCCAGGACGUUUACCUCCAUUCUCACUGGGCUCUCCAUCCAUCCUCUGACUCUAUCCCCUUCAAGCCUGGGAUUGGCACCACCCACAGCCUUUAGGAACUUGAAGUUACAGGGCUUGGUUGGAUGCCCCACCUCCCCACUCCCCAGGAGGUUGGUGGUAGAGGGGUAAAUCUCUGGGCUCCUCCCCCUUCUGCUACCUAUCCUAGCUCCAUGUUUUUAAAAAAAUAAUAUUAUUAAAAAUGUAAGUUUUUAAAAAAAGAUCACUCAUGGCCCCCCCCUUCCUCGUAUUCAAGUCCAGCUACCUCCCUACUCCUGGCUUAGGGCCCAGAUGGGGUUGGGAGUAAGGGGAUAUGCAUAUCGUUUUCUACCGCUUGAGAGUUUCAAACCAAGGAGACACCUUGCCCUCUCUCCCCUUUUCCUCUUGGAUGGGGGCGGGGUGGGGGGGGCAGGUCAUGAGGCAGGGGAGGCCAAGGAUGACCAUGUCUGCCCCUCUUGAGGACAACCCCCACACUGCUGUCAGUCUCCUCAUCUUCUUGGUGACCCCGCCCCUCCUGCCCUCCUAGUGCUUGUGAUUUCCUCCACAACCCCAGCCCCCAACCCCCCUAUCUCCUCUCCACUAGAGCAGUUGUCCGGUGGGGGAGGGUGUGUGUUGUUGGGUCUCAUUUGGGCAGGCAUGGGGUGGGGAGGGGCCCAUCCACUGUCCUCUCCUCUCCCUCCUCCCCUUCAACUGCAUAGCUAGUGCAGCCUUUUCCAUACAGGGGAAGGACCCACUGAGGGUGCCUAGUUCUGCACCUACCUGAGAGCAAUGGGUUUCUAUCCCCCCUGGAGCGUCUUCGUUUCCCAGGAUCCCCUCUCUCUCCUUCCUGAUGGAGGAGAGACAGCCAGGAUCCUCUGCUUCCUUUCGGAUAGGCCUGGGGAGGCCAAGGACCAGGGUCCUUUGCAUCUGGGCCCAGGUCCAGCUUUGCUGCCUUCCCCUACAGGUGGUCCCAAAGUGUUAGCAUCGCCUCUCACCCCCAAGUCUCCCCACACCGUGUUUCUUCCACUCCAGCUGCUGGGAGGGUAUCACAUACAGAGCUGAGGGGAGAGGUGGGGAACGUGGGUUUCCCACCCCAACUGUAAUGCCUUUUUUUGGUGGGGGGCCAUUUGAGUCAUGUAUGGUACCAAUCAAUAAAGAGAGUUUUUGGUUUGA